AUGGAUAUGAACCAUUUAAUAGGUCAGCGGUUCAACCUGAUCUCUAAGAGUGACAUUCGCUAUGUGGGUACAUUGCAUGAAAUCAACCCCGAAGCUUCAACGAUAGCUCUCGAGAAUGUCGCCUCGUUCGGCACGGAAGGCCGUCGAGGAAACCCUGCCGAGGAGAUCCCUCCUUCGGCCAGUGUCUACGAGUACAUCGUCUUCCGUGGUAGUGAUGUAAAGGACAUCAGUGUAGCUGAGGAGAAGGACACGGCACCGCCGGAGCCUCCUCAGGUACCUGAUGACCCAGCAAUCUUAGGGAGCAUGUCCCGCCCAGGACCCAAUAGCCAAGGCCUUCCUCCUCACCCUCAACCACAACAACCACAGGCUCCUCGCCAGGCUCCGCCGGGCUAUCCUCCACAGCCGCAAUUUCAGCAAGGAUUCUAUCCUCCCUAUGGACGCUUUGGCGGUCCGCCUUUCCCCCCUGGACCUGGAUUCCCCAACAUGCCGUAUGGUGCUCCACCACCACCAGGAUGGUUUCCUCCUCCCGGUCAAGGUUUUCCUCAGGGUCCCGGUCAAUUCCCUCCCCAGAUGCCCAUUGGGCCCCCUGGUCAGCAACCUUCUCCUGGACAACAGCGUCCGGGACCUGGUCCGGUGAAUGUGCCCAAGGGAACGUCGGAACUUCCCGUUGGUGACCGUCCAACUAGUAAACCCGCCAGUCGCGAUGCUACUCCUGCACCGGCUGCCCAAAAAGCUCCUACUCCCCCAGUGGAAUCUAAGCCUCCCGUAACCGAAGCCCUGCAGGCCGCUACUGGUCCGACCCAGGGCGCUGCCAAGGUGCCUCCCACCGGACCUAAGAGCGGACGUGUGCAGCCGGCGAUUCCCAUCUCGGCUCCCGCGAAGCCGCCGGUGCCUAAUAUUCCCGCCGGCACUCCUCAGGCUGCCAUCACCGAGGCCACUCGCGCCGCUACUGCCGCAGUUGCUGCAGCGAUGGCGAAGUUGCCUCAGCCUGGCGCGCAGAAGAAGCCGGGCGAUGCAUCGGUGGAGGGCGUUACGAAGCAGAUGGCCGAUAUGAAGCCGUACGAGAACCGCAACCCGCGGGGUGGCCAGCCUCGUGGACGCGGCGGAAACCGUGGCCAUUACCAGGGGUCGAAGAAGAUUGAGGUGCCCGACACGGACUAUGAUUUCGAAACGGCCAAUGCCAAGUUCAACAAGCAAGACUUGGUGAAGGAGGCGAUUGCCACUGGAUCUCCUGCGCAUGAGGAGGCCCCGGUCGUCCCGGACGGGGAUCUGGAAGCCCCGGAGCCCCACCCGGAGUCGCAGUCGGUCACUUCGUACAACAAGGCCGCGUCGUUCUUUGACAACAUCUCGAGCGAGGCUCGCGAUCGGGAAGAAGGCACCGGUGCUCGCGUGCACGGCCGUGAGUGGCGUGGCGAGGAAGAGAAGCGGAAUAUCGAAACCUUCGGCCAGGGAAGUGUGGACGGCUACCGUGGGUACCGCGGCCGCGGACGUGGUCGCGGCUAUGGUCGUGGCCGUGGAGGCUACAGUCGCGGCUACAGUGGCCGGGGUCGUGGCGGCAUGCGUGGUCGCGGCGCUUCCCAGUCCACCGGCGUGCCGACUCCGAAUUAA